UAUUUCUUUUUUGCGUCGUGUAGAUUAUACUUUUUUGUUUCCACCUUGAGGUACAUUAAGGUAGAAUAGCCUAAGAAACUGGUUUUGAUUUUUAAAGGUGUUUGACAAGUCAUAACGAUAGUUUUUAAAGCGUGGAGUGCGUCCUGCUAAAAUAUCAGGUCUGGUUGUACAGUCUUCGACAAACGCCUAUUUUAUACUAAAACCAUCAAUUCUGUGCAGCGUAAAGUGAUAAGAGAAUACGAUUGAACAUGGCAGAUACGAAUGGUGAUAAUGAGUAUGAAGAGCCCGAGCAGCAAAGAAAGCUGUUCAUUGGAGGAUUGAAUUUUGACACAACAGAUGACAGUUUAAGAGAAUAUUUUACACAGUUUGGUGAAAUAACUGAUUGCAUUGUAAUGAAAGAUGCCAUUUCUAAAAAAUCUAGAGGAUUUGGAUUCGUCACGUUCAAAAAAAUUUGUAUGGUUGAUCGUGCGAUGGAUAAAAGACCUCACAAACUGGAUGGAAGAACAGUUACGCCUAAAAGAGCAGUUUCUAAAGAAGAUUCUGAAAAACCAGGUGCUCAUGCUACAGUCAAAAAAAUAUUUGUUGGUGGAAUAAAAGACGACACAAACGAAGAAGAUUUGAAGGAUUAUUUUCUCAAAUUUGGUCCUGUCGAACUUGUUGAGGUAAUGAUGGAUAGAGUCAGCGGAAAUAAGAGGGGUUUUGCAUUCGUCACAUUUGCAGAUCAUGACGCUGUUGAUAAGAUUGUUGGUAAAAAAUUUCACAAAAUUAACAACCACAACUGUGAAGUGAGAAAAGCAUUACCAAAAGCAGAAUUAGACAAGUCGAAAGCAAAGCAAGAGAGAAGCAGAGAAGGACGUGAUCGCUAUCCCCCACCGCCUGAAUAUCGGGACAGGGAAUACUAUGACAGAUAUGGACCACCUAGAGAAAGAUCACCUCCUCCACCUCGGUAUUAUGACAGAGCCUAUGAUUCAGCUUAUGAAAGACCGGGUUACGAUAGAUAUCCACCAAGUAGUCAUGAUCGUUAUCCUCCACCACGUGAAUAUGACAGAUACGGACCUCCUCCUGAUAGAUAUGCACCACCUCCCAGUGAAUAUGAUCGCUACCGUGAAUACAGCAGCAGCAGCAGCAGCAGAGACUACCCACCCAGAGAAUAUUCCUCAUCUCGAUCAAGCGUGGAUUAUUACAGAAGAGAAGGAUAUUCCAGUGAGAGACCACCAUCAUACGAUACAUAUCCACCCCGAGAAAGUGAACGUGAUCGUUAUCCUCCUCCAUCAUCAUCUACUGAACGUUCUUCAUCAUCUGCUGCUUAUGCUGAACGUAGUCCUUACAGCAGUUCUCAACCAUCAGCCUAUGAAAGUAGUAGCAGAGAUCCUCGUGAUAGCCGUGAGUCGAGAGAUCCCUAUGCUCGUCCCUCAAGUUCUGCCUACAGUUCAUCAACUUCAGCUCCACCUCCUUCGGCAUAUGAUAGUUACAGCAGAGCUAAAGCUGAACCACCAGUGGGUUAUGAUAGCUACUCUCGUUCUAAAGCUGAGCCGCCAAGUGAGUUGCAUGGUUCAAGUAGUCCUUAUGAUUAUGCAGCAUAUGCACAAAGCAGCAGCAGUUAUGGACCAGUGAAAAGCAGCAGCUCAUACAGUAGCAGAUCAUCAGGACCUUAUGGAGGUGGAUAUGGGACAUCAAGUACCGCAGCAAAUGGUUCGAGCUCUGCACCAAGUCGUUAUUAGUUCCAAAAAGGAAGGCAGACUUGAGUGAGAGCAGCGAGAAUUUCCAAAUCAACUUGUAAAUAUUUUUUUUAUGGUCUUCUUCCCCGUUGUAAAUAUUGAAGGUGUCAGUGAGAAUCAUGAACUUACCCAAUUUCCUGAAUGCAACAAACUACAGUUUAGAAAAAGAUGGAUUAUUGAGAACAUUCCCAAAUGCCUUAGGCAAAGACUCUUUACAUUGGAAAGGAUAUAAUACCCAUUGGCGAGAUGUCAUGCAAUACUUUAUACUAUACUAUGUCCGAAAGAAAUUGAAGAAAUGCAAAAGGCAGCGGCAUCUCGUUUUCUCGAACGAAGGUACCUCAGCAAGUUAUUGUUUACCUUUGUGCUUUUAAAGUCUGGAGGAAAGAUAUCUUGUAGUCCCUGUCUCUGGCAGCAUUUUUAAGUAAACGGAGACACAAGUUUUUUUUUCAAUUUCCCAUUGAGUGGAGAAUUUGCCCCGUCUUUCAUUAAUCACAUGGUAAGACAGUGGAACUACACAAAUAUGGCAGGCAGCUUCUGACUUGGUCGAUGCAGAUGUGUAGCCACUCUAAAGGUGAUUUCGUUUAUGACCUCUCAAAUUUUUAAUGUGAAUUCAGUUUAGUGUUUAACAACAAGACUCAAUUUUCACUCUGUAAGGCUUCCUUACAGUUCGACUGCACAAAUAUAGCAGGCAGCUUCUGAGUUGGUUGUGUGUAGAAGUGUAGCCAUCCGAGAGGUGAUAUGUGCGUUUCUGGCCCUUUUUUAAAAUUUUAAUGUAUUUUCGAUUUAAUUUGUAAUCUGAUGAAAUUGAUUCAAGUUUCUGCUGAAGCUAUUUUGUGGUAGAAUUUAAAAUCCAUGUGCACAGUCACUGUUAUACGCGAUGAAAGUCAUUAUCGCAAUUAAUUGGGAGUGUCCAAUGUGUAUAUUGAAUAGAAACUUAGGAUCAAUACUUUAAUUUUAAAGUGUAGCCUAGAAGUGAUUCUUGAUCUUAUUUAUCGCACUGCCAAGUACAGAUGUAGUCCCAGGCUCCAGAAUGAGGGAGAUUUGUUGGUGGCAGGUUGGUCCUGCCACCUUUGUUUUUAAUCUAACCUUGUAUUCAGCAGGUCUAAAUGGUGUAGAAACGUCUCCGGAUCCGAUGCAUUCUUAUCUAACAUAUAAAAUUUUCUAAGUCAAAUGAAGUUUCUUUUUAUUUUACAACAUUUUGAAUCGAUCACGAUUACUUUUGCAAAAUGGAUGAAAUUUCUCAAUGAAAUGGUUUUUAUCUUAAUUUUUCAUGAUCAAGUAAAGUGUGUCCAGGCCAUUUGAUUGUAAUAAACCAUGAAUUAUUUUA